ACUCGUUCUGUAUUGUUAUAGCCUUCUCAUCAUUCUCAGAACUGUGGCCUUGAUCUUCAUUCAUUCACAACUGUCCGGACAAUCCCAUUUUUCGUGGAUCGACAGUCAUGGCUAGCAUCGGGGAAGGAACCCAAAAGAAGCGCAAGCUCACCGACGUUGAGGAGAUCGAGAUUGAUGUUUCUGCCCCGGAACCCCCAUCGAAGAAAGCUUUGCGUAAAGCAAAGAAGGCAGCAACCACAAAGCCCUCCGAAUCAAAGCCCGAGACUGAGGGGGUAACCGCUGCCGAAAAGCCUAGCAGCACUGCUCCCCAAAAGCGUUCAGAUUACGGUGUCUGGAUUGGAAACCUUGCCUUCACCGUGACCAAAGACGAUUUGCGCACCUUCCUGACAAGCAAUUGUUCCUUCGCCGAUACGACCAUCACGCGCAUACAUAUGCCCAAGGGCGCAGAAAAGUUCGGAAAAUCUCAGAACAAAGGAUUUGCUUAUGUCGAUUUCUCCACCCAGAAGGCUGCCCAAGAGGCGAUUGGCCUCAGUGAACAGCUCUUGACGGGUCGCCGUGUGCUGAUUAAGGAUGCAAAGAGCUUUGCUGGAAGGCCAGACAAACCUCAGGAAGACGGCCAGAAAGCGGGUUCUGGCGCUUCCGGACACGCUCCCUCCAAACGCAUAUUCGUCGGCAACCUCGGCUUUGACGCCACCAAAGAAGCCAUCGAGGAGCAUUUCGCGCAAUGUGGUACUGUGGCUAACGUACAUGUGGCGACUUUCCAAGAUUCCGGCAAAUGCAAGGGUUACGCUUGGGUGGUGUUUGAGGAUCUUGCAGCAGCCGAAGCAGCGGUGAAGGGCUACGUACUGGUGAAGGAGGAUGAGGAGGAGGAGGAAGAAGAAGAAGCUGAGUCCGACUCCGAAAAGCGCAAGAAGCCCAGAAAGCCCCGGCAGAGAAAGGUCUGGGUGAAUUUCCUUCUUGGACGGCGGUUGCGUAUGGAGUUCGCCGAAGAUGCGACUACCCGGUAUAAAAAACGAUUCGGAAAAGACGGAGAGGGUAAGAAAAACAACAACUCAGAGACCGGCGAUGCCGAGGCCGGAGAAUUCGAAGCUACCGAAGAGCAACCUCGUCAAGCACGACCUCCCAGGGCCAAGCAAGCGAAGCCCGACUAUACAAGAUACGACCAGGACACAGUGCAGAAGCUUAGUGGUGCCAUUGUCGAAUCACAGGGCAAGAAGACCACCUUCGAUUAAUGGUGAUCAGUGGGCCGAUGAGACCAAGCCCGUGGGCAGGUCUCCAGGGUUGGAGUCGCCCUUUAAAGGAGGGACAGUACUGGAGAUAUCCUUAGAUGGCCGUGUAUACUGACCGUUGGAUGCCAUCGGUAAUGCGUAUGAGACCGUGAGUUGGUCCAGCCUUGCAUAGUGCAAUGUUCCAUAGUUGCUCUAUUGGGCUGCAUGGGGAAGGAGAUGUUUCUUGACUCCAUACACUAAAUUGAUACCCCACCG